AUGCUAUCUAUAUUUAAGCGCUACCAUAAAGGAAACAUUUAUAUGAAUAUUAGGUUUCGCAAAAACAUCUGGCUCUUGAUACUGAUUUUGGUUUGUACAGUUAUCAAUGGAUUAGUUCCUGCGAUAUCAUCAAUACUGUUUGGAAGAAUCUUUCACUUGCUGGAUGAUAAUUCAGAUAAGGUUGACUAUAAUACAAAAAGAAAACAGCUUGUCAUCAGAACCAUGUCUAUACUUAUUUUAGGAAUGGGAAAUUUACCAUUUAACUGGCUAGCCAUAUAUGGCUGGAUGAUGCUUGGAGAAAGACAAAGUUAUAUCAUUAGAAAAAAGCUCUUUCAUGAAUAUUUCAAUCUACCUUGUAGUUGGUUUGACAAGUACAGGUCUGAUAUCAUGGGUGAAUUUACUCAAUUGCAUAGAUGCAUAGAAGAAGUUAGGUCCAGUUCAGCAGAAGCCUCUGCUAUUAUGUCACAAAGCCUUGUAGCUGUAAUUGCACUAAUAGGAACUGCAUUCUACUUCUCUUGGUCUUUGACCUUGAUUAUCUUUUGCUCGACACCAUUUAUAAUCAUCUGUGCGGUUAUAUUCUCAAAAUAUAUUCAUAAAUACACAGAAAAAGAGAAUACAGAGUCAGAAUGCGCUGCUGAACGUCUUGCUUGGAUGCUGAAAAACAUCGAAUUUGUGAGAUUACACAACGGUGACGAUUUUGAGAUUUCAAUGUACACUCAUUACAUAGCACAAGCAAAUGAAUAUUACAUCAAAGCCUCUUUAUUCAUUUCUGCAAACAUAUCAAUUUUAAGAUUGCUGUCACUGCUAAUGUUUGUGCAAGGGUUUUGGUUUGGAUCAAGCAUGAUCAAACAAGGAAAGUUGAAUAUCGAUAGUGUCAUAACAAGUUUUCAUUGUUGUCUCAUGCUAGGAUCAAUAAUAAACAGCGCUCUAGGCCAGGCAGUAGUACUACAAAAGGGUGAUGUAGCGAUGAAAAGACUAUUGAAAAUGAUUGAUCGAACUCCAAGAGAGUCAUUAGCAUUUAUUGAUGCUAUCAGCGGUAUUGAUUUGUUACCCAUUGUAUUUAAUAAUGUUAGCUUUUGCUACCCAGAAAGAAAAACUGACAAGGUUUUCGAUAAAAUGAACUUUAUUAUAAAGCCAAAUAAAAUGACUUAUGUAAUAGGCCCAUCAGGAUCUGGGAAAUCGACUCUUUUUGAUUUAAUUUUGUUGCAUUAUGAUAAUUAUCAUGGUUCCAUAAUGCUUGGUGAUUUAGAUAUAAGAUCUAUAAAUCGUAAUAUCAUUUUGGAGAACAUCACUUUAGUAAGUCAAACACCAACACUAUUCAACGAUACUAUUAGAAACAAUAUACUCGCUUGUAGUAAUUGGACAAAUUUGCCAUCAAAAUUAGAAAUGGAAUGCAUUUGCAAAUUUGCCCUUCUUGAAAAUUUAAUCGCUGAGUUACCCGAUGGAUUGGAUACUAGAAUAGGUUCUGGUGGAAUAAAGCUGAGUGGCGGGCAAGCUCAGAAAGUUGCGUUGGCUCGAGCUUUUGCCAGAAAUACAAGCAUUCUUCUUCUUGAUGAACCCCUUUCGGCUGUGGAUAUGCGUCAGAGAAUUGUAUUGAUGGAAAAUAUUAAACGUUGGAGAAAUGGUAAAACCACCGUUAUUAUAACUCAUGACCUAGAGUUCAUCCGUAACACGGAUAAUAUUCUCAAUAUAAGCGAGAGAAAAAUAUUAAGUUCGGCCCUCAAUACUGAGAAAACCCAAGAAUUUAAAUGGGAUGACCAUUUAACAUCAGAAUCGAUAUAUGACAAUUCUGCUACAGUGUCUACAGACGUUAGCUACUUAGAAGAGGAAGCAUUUCAAGGUGAAGAAUAUCAAUACUUUGCAUUUAGUGCAGGAAUAUCAGAAUAUGACCAAAAGGAUCUAGAAUCCAACACCAAGUCCGUGAUCUUGAUACCGUUUAAUGAAAUAAUAUACAAGUUUAUUAUUUCGUCAUCUAAGAAGCACGUCUUGGUAAUAGGUUUAAUUGCAGCAAUUAUAGCAGCAAUUUGUAAUCCGGUUUUCUCUUAUACGUUUAGCUAUUUAAUGAAUGGCUUAUUACCUACAUCAUAUAAUUCGCCGGGAAGUGAAUAUCUUUUGAAAUUUUCUCUGAUAGUGAGUCUGAUAGCGUUGUGCGAUGGUGUAUCUACCUUUAUAAAGUUAUUCUUUUUGGGUUAUUCUGGUGAGUUCUGGAUAUUUGAGCUAAGACAGGAAACAUUUAUAAAGAUCAUCAAAAAUCCUAUAUCUUGGUUCUCAAAGAGUAAUAACAAAGCCCCCAUUUUGAGUACAUUAUUAAUAAAUGACUUAAGAGACCUAAGAAAUUUAGUAACAGAGUUUUUAUCCGUCAUAACUACAUUGAUAUUAGUGACUUCGAUCGGAUUAGUAUGGGCUAUUGCCAUUGGUUGGAAGUUAAGCUUGGUAUGCAUCGCCAUUAUUCCAUUAGUAGUAGUCUUGACUGGUCUCUAUGGAACAAUUUUAAUCAAAACAGAAAAUAGAUAUAAAACCUCAGUUGCUAAUUUGGAGUCAAUUGUCUAUGAGGCUAUUAUCGGUAUGAAAACAAUCCAAUCUCUUUGCCUACAACAGUACAUAACCAAAAAAUUUAAUUGUAAAAUUAAAUUACUGGAAAAAAACGGAACUUAUAGAGCUGUAGCAACUGGUUUGGGGAUUGCGCUUACUAAUAUGUUAGUGCUACUAUUUCAAUCUAUCCUUUUCUACUAUGGAUUUAAACUCGUGCUGACUGGGGAAUACACACACUCAAAACUGUUUGAAACAAUAGCACUUCUAUUAUUUACUAUUGUAACCGUUGCCAGUUUAGUGACUCAACUUCCAGAUAUAACUAGGGGACAAAGGUCAAUUUCUUGGAUAGACCAGAUCCUCAAAGGAGAUAAUCAACAGACUAUAGAGCCACCUUCAAAUUUAUCAACAACAAAGGGAAUUUGGAAUCCAAAUCAACCUGUAAUUGAGGUAAGUAAUCUUUCAUUUACCUACGCACAAGUGCAUAAUAAAAAAACACUAACUAACAUAAAUAUGCAACUAUAUUCAAAUCAAAUUUAUGGCAUAGUAGGAAAAUCGGGAUCUGGCAAGUCAACCCUAAUAAAUUUAAUCUGUGGGCUAUACAGUUUAUCAGAAGGAAGCAUAAAUAUAUGCUCCUGCGAUAUUAACAAGUGGUCUACAAAAGAAUUGCAUAAAACUGUUGCUCUUUUACAACAAAAUCCAGUUUUACAAUUUGAUACUAUUCGUAACAAUCUGCUAUAUGGCUUAACAGAAACUGUAGGUGAUGAACAUCUGCUUAAUGUCUUGGAAUAUGUAGGUCUUAAAAGUUUCAUUAUCAGCCUAAAUAAUGGAUUGGAUAGUAAGUUGGACGAUUCAUUACUAUCAGGAGGCCAAUCACAACGUUUAUGUAUGGCAAGGGAGAUGCUCAGGAAUCCUAAAGUCUUAAUUUUAGACGAGUGUACAUCUGCAUUAGAUGUAACAAGCGCAAAAAAAAUCAAUGAUAUAAUAGGCUCGCGGAGCUUGGCACCUGUCACUAUUAUUGUAUCACAUCAAAAAGAAACAAUUAAGCUCUGCGACAAAAUAUUCUUUCUAGUCGAUGGCACAGUAGCAAUGAUGGGCACAUAUGAGGAGCUGAUGGAGAACAAUUGGGAAUUUCGAAAACUUCUUAACUUAUAA